CAAAACUUUCCCCCCCAUUCCCAAAUCCAAAAACCCCAAAACCCUAAUUUCAAGAUCCAUCAUUCCGUACAAUUUAGAUACACCCAAAUCUAUAUCUAUAUACACAGACAGCAAUUCACAUUCUGUAAAUCCUUUAUCAGAACCUGCAUUGCUAAUUCAAAUCUAAAAUCUUUCUCCCAAAACCUCUGCAAUGUCAACCCCGGUCAGCGUUAUCGAAUCUCACCCGAUGAAUGGUGAUGCUGAUGUUGUCGUAUCCCGAAACGAUGACGGGUUGAGUGGGAAUGAGAAUGAUGGAUUGGUUGAUGCUGAAGUGAAUUAUUGUUUGAUUGGGAAUGAACAAGAACAAGUAGCUAGGAAAGAGACUAGAGGGUAUUCUAAUAAGAAGCAAAAGAAGUUAAAGAAAGGGGCUUUUUUUGUCGGUGAUGCGGUAUCAGAUGUUGAGGCUCGAGAAAAGUGGGGGUGGCGAUACGAAUUGAAGGCUAAAAGACGCAAAGGCCAAGGCUGGAUACUAAAUGCUGGUGAAGAGGAUGAAGUGCAAUUAAAUGUUGAAUGCCAUUACCUUCAAGCCAAUGUUGGUGGAUGCAUUUUCAAUCUUGGAGAUUGUGCACACAUUAAGGGUGAGGGAAAGCAACCACAUGUUGGCAGAAUUAUAGAAUUUUUUAAGACAUCCGAUGAUGAAAAUUAUUUUAGAGUACAGUGGUUUUAUAGAGCUGAAGAUACGGUUAUGAAACAAGCGGCUGCUCGUCAUGACAAGAAACGUUUGUUUUUCUCUACAAUAAAGAAUGACAACUUAUUAGAAUGUCUGCUUUCUAAAGUCAAAAUUAUAGAGAAAGCUCCCACGCUAGGUUUCCAAUCAACCUCUAUUCAACCAUCUGAGUAUUACUGUGACAUGGAAUAUUCUGUAAAAUAUUCAACAUUUCGCUCCUUGGUGCCUGCUACAGACAGUCUGGUAGUUAAAUGUAGUUUGAACAUGUCAAGCCUUGAUGCUGACAAUAUGACCAAAAGUUCAACUUCAUUAGGCUCGGGUGGUUGUGAUAUGAAACCCGAACUGGCAUUAUUAGACCUCUAUGCUGGUUGUGGUGGAAUGUCCACUGGACUUUGUCUCGGUGCCAAACUUUCUGGUGUUAAACUUGCAACGAGAUGGGCAAUUGAUUAUCACAAGUCUGCGUGUGACAGUUUGAAACUAAAUCAUCCAGAAACAGAUGUUCGACAUACCACCGCAGAAGAUUUUCUGGAAUUAUUAAAGGAAUGGGAAAAGUUAUGUAAAAUAUAUGUGUUGGGUGAUCCGGAUGGAAUGCUUGAAAGUAGUUCUGGCGGUACAAAUGAGAACGGUUUCGAUGAAUCUCCUCUAUUGGAUGAUGAUGUUGCUCCCGGAGAGUUUGAAGUUUCAAGUCUUGUUGAUAUAUGUUAUGGAGAUCCCAACAGUACAGGCGAGGAUGGGCUAAAGUUUAAGGUGCGAUGGAAGGGCUAUGGUCCAAGUGACGAUACGUGGGAGCCAGUUGAAGGGUUGAGCGAUUGCCAAGGCCACAUACAAGAGUUUGUUAGAAGUGGAUACAAGUGCAAGAUAUUACCCUGUCCAGGUGACGUCGACGUUAUAUGUGGCGGUCCUCCGUGUCAAGGGAUCAGUGGCUAUAAUCGGUUUAGAAACACUGAUGAUCCAUUAAAUGAUGAAAGGAACCAGCAAAUAGUUGUCUUCUUUGACAUAGUCAAAUUCUUAAGUCCUAAAUAUGUGUUGAUGGAAAAUGUUGCUGACCUCUUAAGAUUUGACAAAGCUUCUCUUGGAAGAUAUGCUAUUAGUCGCUUGGUUCAUAUGAAUUACCAAUCAAGACUCGGGAUUAUGGCUGCUGGUUCAUACGGUCUUCCACAAUUUAGGUUACGUGUUUUUCUUUGGGGUGCUCAUCCGAGUGAGAGGUUACCUCAAUUUCCACUUCCAACACAUGAAGUUAUUGUCAGAUACUUCCCUUCAGCUGAGUUUGAGCAAAAUACAGUUGCUUAUGAUGAAGGGCAACCUAGAAAGCUUCAACAAGCCAUUGUUCUCCGUGAUGCCAUCUCUGAUCUUCCUAAUGUUACAUACAAUGAAGAUCGUGAAGAGAUGGCAUAUGACAAGCCUCCGGAGACAGAGUUCCAAAAGUAUAUAAGGUUAACAAAAGAUGAGUUUACUGAUUAUGUUCCAAAAGGGGUUACGGACUGGAGAAGUUCUGUUCUCAAUGAUCAUCGACCUUACAAAAUAUCCGAAGAUGAUUUUCAUCGAGUGUGUCAUGUACCACACAGGAAGGGAGCAAAUUUCAGAGACUGGCCUGGAAUAGUUGUGAGUGCUGACAAUAAGGUUUCCCGAGAUCCGUCAAAGGAAGUAUUGCUCCCAUCUAAAAGGCCUUUGAUUCCGGAUUAUGUAUUCACUUUCGAGAAAGGAAAAUCUAGAAGGCCAUUUGCAAGAGUAUGGUGGGAUGAAAAUGUGCCUACUGUUGUUACAUUCCCUAAUUGUCACAAUCAGGCAACCUUACAUCCAGAGCAAGACAGAGUCUUCACAUUACGAGAGUGUGCAAGAUUGCAGGGCUUUCCUGAUCAUUAUAGAUUUUGUGGCAAUAUUAAAGAAAGGUAUUGUCAGGUGGGAAAUGCUGUGGCUGUAUUUGUAUCAAAAACCUUGGGGUAUUCCCUUGGAAUGGCCUACCGAAAACAAAGUGGAGAUGAGGCACUUAUGACUCUACCACCCGACUUUGCAUUCCAAGUUUCUCCAUUCGAUGAGUUUCCUGCCCAGUUGUAGAAACCGUUACUGCACAAUGACUGACCUGUUGUAACUUUAAAACUGAGAUACCAUGUUGUCAACCUUCUGGCUUAACUGCUACUUCAAUAAUCAUUCAUCAACCUCCUUGGCCUCUCACUCAUAGUUACUGCGAUUAAUAAUGUAUACAUAGUAAAGGCUAAGAUGGUAUUAUGUCCUGGAAAAACAAUCAUUGUAUAAUGUAAACUUCAUAUAACUUGAUGGCAGUCACCGGUUAUAAGUUAACUAGUUCCCAGGUAGAUUGUCAUCUCUAUGAAACUCGAGUCUUUGAAUGUACGGCAUAUUUGAUUACUUUUUACUUUGUAACAAUGAUAUGAUCUUUCAGUUUCUUA